AGCGAUUACGGUGUCAGUAGAAGAAGAGUUUGAGAGAAGACGGUUGACACUUAGACGAUUAAACUGCUCUUUCUCGGUGUAAUCCCUUAUAUUUCACAAUUAGAACAAAUAUAGAUCACUUUAUUAAAUAAGAAAGAUACAAACUAGAUGACUCGUGUCAUAAAAGAAAGGAUUUGAAUCAAAACACAGAGCUCUUUUUUUCUGUCGUGUCGUCUUUCUUCCUCAUUCCGGCUUCUUUUGUUUAUGUCCUGCAGUGUUCUACUGCACGGUUGAGAUUACAUCACUGGUCGUGAGUAAACGAUAGAGUGAAUCGAGAAAAAAAACGAAAGGCAGAGAGAAAUAUAGAGAGACCAUCUCGACAUUUUAACCGUCUAACGUUACACGUCUUGUGGUGUCCAACUGGACCAGGAGUAAGAGUCUAAUGCCCCCGGAGGAUGAGCCCAGCCAUCGAGGGGAUGCAGACAGAGCCGCAGGGGUAUAUGGGGAAAGGGGUGCUCCUUGAGCCCUUUGUGCACCAGGUGGGGGGACACUCGUGUGUGCUUCGCUUCGGGGAGCAGACGAUAUGCAAGCCCCUCAUCCCCCGGGAGCACCAGUUUUACAAGAGCCUCCCUGCGGCUAUGCGGAAGUUUACACCGCAAUAUAGAGGUGUGGUGUCGGUGAGUUUCGAGGAGGACGAGGAAGGGAAUUUGUGUCUUAUUGCGUACCCUCUGCACAGUGAUCUUGGGGACCUGGAGAAUGUGGUCCCCUCGGCCGACCUGGAUCCCAAUAACAAAAUAAAAUGGGUCAGUAAGAUGCUGCUGGACAAUGAGGGCUACAGCAAGGACCGGUCCAGACACACUCGGAAGGAUAAGGACAAGAGUGUGAAACGCGAGGAGGAGUGGCUCAAGCAGGCCGAUGUGUUCUACUACAGUCUGGAGGGGAGCAAUGCUGCCGGCCCUCAGCUCAAGCACAACCCCUGGAGCCUCAAGUGCCACCAACAACAUCUGCAGAGGAUGAAGGAGAACGCAAAACACCGCAACCAAUACAAAUUCAUCCUGUUAGAGAACCUGACGUGGCGCUACACGGUUCCAUGCGUGCUCGAUCUGAAGAUGGGCACGAGGCAGCACGGGGACGACGCCUCUGAGGAGAAGAAGGCCAUGCAGAUUCGCAAGUGUCAGCAAAGUACAUCCGCCAGCAUCGGAGUGCGCCUCUGUGGCAUGCAGGUGUACCAUUCAGACACAGGGCAGCUCAUGUUCAUGAACAAGUACCACGGCCGCAAGCUAACCCUGCCUGGCUUCAAAGAGGCCAUCUUUCAGUUCUUCCACGACGGGAGACGGCUGAGGCGCGAGCUCCUGUCGCCGGUGCUUCGGAGGCUGCGAGACAUGCAGGCGGCCCUGGAGGCCUGCGAAAGCUACCGCUUUUACUCCAGCUCGCUCUUGAUCAUCUACGACGGAGACCCUCCGCGAUCCCGCCAUUCCCCAGAGGAUGGACUUUCGGAAGAGGAGGAGGAAGAUGACGAAGAGGAGGAGGAGGAGGAGGAAGAAGAAGAGGAGGGAGGUGCUUUUGGAUUCCCUCACGGUGCAGGUGCAGCUAGCAGCAGUAGCAUCAGCGGUGCUUGCGGUGGUGGAAGCGGCACCAGCGGCUCUGCAGGGGUGCGACGCGUGGCCAGGUCAGACAGCGGCCCGGCCGUAGACGUACGCAUGAUUGACUUUGCCCACACCACUUGCAGGCACUACGGGGAGGAUAGUGUUGUCCACGAGGGCCAGGAUAGCGGUUACAUCUUCGGAUUGGAGAACCUCAUCACCAUCAUUUCCCAACUAGUGGAUCACGGCACAGAUUAAACCAGCAGGGCGUUCGAAUGGGGAAAUGCUUCUUUCUCUUUCUAUUCCUCAUUCUUUCAGUCCCUCGAGAUGUUCAGCUCGAUUAAAAUCUCGGAAACUCCACCUGUUCAGUUGUUUUUGGUGUCUCUUUGCCGACUUUUGUGUGCGUAGAGGAUUAAAAAGGGUCGAGAGGCUAACAUUGAAACGUCACAUGAUCGGCUUCCUCUGUGUUCAGUAGCUUUACUCCCUUCCCCUGGUGUGUUUCUUUGGUUCCCCUUUUCGUUCUAUUUAUUGAGAAUAUAAAAUGGUUAUUUACAAAAGAAGGACCUGAUUUUGUUCCCGUAUUCUUUCCCUGAGAAGGUUCCAGAACUUUGAUUAGCUUCCGAAUACUCCUUAUUGGAUGAAGGAACAGUAGGUGGUGAAAAGGAAGACUGUUAAUUGUCGCUCUACAGCACCGUCCCGUUGCACCUUUACCCAUCGUGAAGAGAGAACUAUAUUCAGAUUGUUAGUUGACAUACAGAGACUAUGAUAAAGCUUUAUUUAUUUGUCAUAUUUCCUAAAUAAACUAAAAAAGAAAAUUCAAAAAAGAAGAUAAAGAAAAGAUUCAAAACUACAUUCCAAGUUGUUACAAUAAUGAUAUUAAUAAAUAUUAUUAUUUGACAUGUUCAGAUACCUCUAUCUUAUAUCUGUUGUACACGGUAUGUUGGAGGAAAAAUAAAACUUGUUUGUGUUAAA